CGUUGCAGUUUACAGGGUUUACAGUAUAGAAAGAAGUUAAGCUAUCGAAUUCCGAAAAUGUCUUUGGUUUUAGCCCCUGAAAUACCAGCUCCGGGCUUUUCUUUUGAUUUAUGUCAAAGAAAUUCUCUGCUUGCAAAGAAAGGAUUACAAGUGCCGAAGGCACAGAAAACAGGUACAACGAUCGCCGGUUUAGUUUUUAAGGAUGGAGUCAUUUUGGGCGCCGACACGAGAGCAACUGAGGAUACUAUUGUAGCUGACAAAAAUUCCGAGAAAAUCCAUUACCUUGCUCAGCAUAUUUAUUGUUGCGGAGCUGGAACUGCAGCUGAUACAGAAAUGACUACCCAGAUGAUUUCAAGUCAACUGGAGUUGCAUCGUCUGAACACUGGUCGCCUUGUACCCGUGACAACUGCAAAAAAUAUGCUUUGUCAAAUGCUGUUCCGUUAUCAGGGACACAUUGGUGCUGCUUUAGUAUUGGGCGGUGUUGAUUUGAAAGGACCGUCGAUUUUCUGCAUCUAUCCUCAUGGAUCCUCAGAAAGUUUGCAAUAUACCACUAUGGGUUCAGGAUCUUUGGCUGCAAUGUCUGUCUUUGAAAGCAGAUGGAAGCCUGGUUUGACGGAAGAAGAAGGCAAAUUGAUUAUGGCUGACGCCGUUCGUGCUGGAGUUUUCAACGAUUUGGGCUCAGGAAAUACCAUCGACAUGUGCGUGAUUCGUAAAGGAUCAACGGAAUAUAUUCGUCCAUACGAGAUAGCUAACACAAAAGGCGUACGACAAGAGUCUUAUCGCUACAAACGCGGUACCACUGCUAUUCUCAACAAAAUUGAACGUCCGAUCAUCAUUGAAGAUGAAAUCGUUCGCAGAGUAGACACCGACUCGAUGGACACCUCGUCUUAAGCUAAUUUCAUUUUUAUAUUGAAUUCUAAUAAAAUUUGAAGGUAUGAAUAAAUCCGAAAGUUUUCACAUGCU